UUGUUUCAUGAAAAUUAAGUUGUAAAAUUUCAACGAAAAUAAAUCGAAUUUGGAAUUUAUUUUACGCAGAAAUAAUACCAGCGAUGUUAUGGCAAACGUGUUUUGAUGUUAUCUCGGAAUAAUACGUGAAACAAAUAUUCACACUUGAUAAUGUUACAUUAUGGUGAUCAUAUUAGCCUUGAAUACAAUAAUGUUAAUACAAGUCGUAUCACCUCACAGCGAGGCCAUUAAGAAUGAAGAAGAAUGCAAGAUAGCGGACUUAUGCGUUCAUGACAAAGUCCCGAUGUGUGGGAUAGACUCUUGCGGGGAAAUGAGAACGUUUAUUGACACUUGCGACAUGCACGAGUUCAAUUGCGAUAGUAAAAAAGAUUUUAAACAGCGUCCUAUCCACGAGUGCUGGGUGACCUGCAAAAGAGGGAGAUCUUUCAAGAAGCCAGAGUAUCGCACCGAUUGUAACUUAAAUAUAAAGAAUAGAUUAUAACUCGAUGAAAUAAAAAUAAACAUUUACCUUCUCAAAUCGAAAUAACGUUAAUGGAAUUAUAAUUUAGCUCCAUUAUAAUAUUCAUAGAAAAUCCAAAAUUCUUAUUAAAACUGUUAUAGCUGA